CUCAUUGAGGGAGUCUGGAGCGCAGUUGUUCCUGGAGCGCGUCGCGCUGCUCCGCUGGUUGAAAUGAGAUCCAACCCGUUCUGCCGCACAGCUCGGACUGCCUCAACCUGCUCCCCGACACCCAGCCGGAGGACGGCACCACUCACCAGUCGGGCAUCAGCUGCUCGCAGAGACGUCACACCUGUGGCUGCUCAGCGCACCUCGGCUCGUUACGCAGCGGACUAUGAAGAUCGUGCGUAAUGUUUAACGUCGUGCACCAGGGUCGGAAAUACGCCCCCACGCGCUCCUCGGUUACGGACGACUCUCCGUUAACGGUUCAGGCGCUUCAUAUCAUCAGAUCUCCCGGUACACUCAACGAGGCACCGGAGGCGACGUGGCCGCCGCCGGGCGCCAAGAUGCGGAUCUCCAAAGGCGCGGUGGUGGUGAGAGCUGUCCGGCGACUCCCGUCUCCUCAGCCGCCCAGCCUGGAGAGCCUGGAGGCGGCGUGGAGCGAGAGAGGGCAGCCGGAGGCGAAGCCCCGGAGCCCGGAGAGGAUAAACGCUGCAGCGGAGGGACACGGAGGAGGAGGAGGAGGAGGAGGACCACCCCGGAGCAGGAGGAAGGGCUUCAGACCCCCCGAUGUGAGGACUAUCUUCUCCCCCGGAGAGAAGGACCCCAGGGUGCAGGAGGAGUCCGGGGAGGGACACAGCUUCCAGGCCGGAGGAGAGAACACCUGGUGUGAUGUGUGCUGCUACUACAUCUUCCAGCAUGGACUCACCUGUGAAGGUUGUAAAUACACGUGUCACGCUGCAUGUCGGGAAAGAGUGUCGCUGGACUGUCAUCCUGCAGCGUCGCCCGUCAGUCAGGACCAGCUCAACAACAACACGCCGCUCCAUGAUGUGGAGAAGGAGAGGGAGUUGCGGACAGAGUUCAGCAGGGAGGAAAUCAGGCAGAAGAUCGAGCAGUACAACUCGCUGACCAAAGACCACCUUAAAAUGACAAUGGGCCCCACCGGUGCGUACACCGGGUUCAUCAAGGUCCAGAUGGAUCUGAGGAGGCCGGUGACGGUGAGAGGAGGUCAAAGAGGGGCAGGGGGAGCCGUGGUGGGGGAGGCCUUCUAUCUGCCCCGAGGAGUCACCAACACCCUCCACAUCAGCUCCUGUAACACAGUCAGACAGGUGAUCGUCGCCCUGCUGAACAAGUUCACGGUCGCAGACAACCCGGCUAAAUACGCCCUGUACAAGCGCUACCGCACAGAGGAGCAGGUGUAUGUGUGCAAGCUGGCGGAUGGCGAGCAGCCGUUGUUUCUUCGUCUGGUGGCGGGACCCGACGCCGACACGCUCAGCUUCGUGCUGAGAGAGCAGCAGACUGGAGAAGUCAUGUGGGACGCCUUCUCCAUCCCCGAGCUGCGGAACUUCUUGCGAAUCCUCGACAAGGAGGAAGACGAGCAGAGGGAGGCGGUGAUUCGCCGCUACGACACCUACCGGCAGAGACUGCAGGAGGCGCUGAGGGAGGUCAGGGGGCCUUCUUAGAGGAUUUAACCUCAAGGGAACAGGACUGCUGCCCCACAGAGGGACAGAGGAGGUGUCUUUUUUUUUUUUAUUUAAAAAAAAAAAAAUCCUCCGAGGAGAUAAUUGUGUACAUUUUGACGGAUGGAGGGAUGUGAACGCAGAAUGAGGAGAGAAGAUCCAGCGCCCGGGAGACGGGGGGAUACAGAUGGAUAGACGGAUCAUAGAGGAUGACAAGAGGACAGAAAAAACUAACUGAGAGACGGCAAGAGAAAGACAAUAAAAGGACGGCUGGACGUGAUUUGCUUUGAGGCUGCUGGAGUUUGAUUCAGCCUGGAUUCACGACUUCAACCUGCUGCCUGCUCACACCAAAGAUUCACCCGACUGUGCCAUAUUCAUGGAUCCUCUCUGCCCUCCGUCCAUCCUCCUCUUCCUCUCCUCUCACUCUGUCACAUAAUUUAUGCAGUUUAUCCUCUUUCUUUCCCCACUUUCUCUCCUUUAAACUUGUGAAAGACUCAAGGCCAUAUGUUGAGUUAUUUUUUUAUUUAAUUUGUUUUAAGAGUCUGUACAUAUUUUUUUUUUCUUAAUUUAUAUGGGUGAUGCUUUUUGUGUAUUUUUUUUUUUUUUUUUUUAAACAAAGUCUUAUUUUAGUUUAUCCUACAGAGGCGGAGCAACAAUCUGGUUGUUGACACAGACACAGAGAAUAGUUUAUAUGACAGAUGCUUGAUGUAAAUACACAGAUAAGACAAACAGAACCGUACAUAUUAGGUUUAUUACUUUGAAAUCACAAACGGGCCCAGAGGCUGCAGUUGCAUCCACAUGAUGGUUGUAGCGGAAGAAUCAGAGCGUAACCGGAGGUCUGGAUCAUUGAUUUGUCCUGCUCAUGCUAGCCUGACAAUCGAGAUAGAUUUCAAAGGUGAGGGAAGAAGUAGCGUGCAUGUUGUAUGGAGUCUCAAGUGUGCCAAAUGAAACUUGGAUUUUUUUUUUGUAAUCAAUUGCAAUCAAAACAUAUAUACCUAUUUUUUAUUAUUAUUUUUUAGAACAAUUUUUUGUCAUUUUUAAUUAUUAUUUAGCAAUUCCAUUACAAAUUAAAAGUAAAUAGAUAAAUUAAUUGGCGAAUUUAACUAUUUUUUUCCCCCUGAAGGGUCCAUUAAUGAGUAAUUCUGUCUUGAAAUGAAAUAUUUCUUUCUUGAGCUGGAAUUCCAUCGUGUUUAUAUCUCCUUGUACUCACACAGCGUUGGAAUUAAAUCUAAAAAUACGUUUUAACAACUUUAUUUAUACUUUUUGUAGUCUCUUGUAAUUAUUGCUGGCACAUUUCAGACUCCAUAAAAGUCAGGCUGAAACUGAAUGUUGUAGCUGAAGGUACGUAGAAGCAGAUUUCAUGUUCAGUGUGACGGAAAACAGACACGUAGACUCCUAACUCGUAAUCAAAGAGGUUUCAGUAGAAAGAAUAAAAGAGUCUGAAAUAGAAGAUUGUGAGGAAAGGAAGUAGUUUAGUUUUGGUUGCAGUCAGUGAAAAGUGUUGCUUGAAGAUAGAGAGUUAGAACGAUCAGAAGAAACUGGUGGGAUUUUAAAAGCCUUUGUUUGCAUUUCCAAACCACCAGCAGCAGUUUGAUGAAGCGUGAAAUGAACGGACUGACGUGAUUGGAGUAGACGAGACCCCUGAUCUUUGACCCAGCCUGGUCAGAGCGGGGAAGGCUUGAGACUGGUUUCUGGAAGUUGACUGAGCGGUUUAGAGGAAGUAGACAAGAAACAUUAGAUGUAGGAAGGAAGAGAAACACAGAAGAGGACAAGUUCUGUUUUCUUUAUUUGUUUUAUACGAGGAGCAAAUACAUGAGAGAGAUUGUCAUACGAGCAGCGUGACCGUGGCCUGGAGGACGACGACGGGUUUUUCCUCCAACCACGACUCACUUUGAUUAACUGCUUGUUCAACUUUUUGCUCCUAUAAUCCACAACUGAGAGAAAAGGAGGUCUGUAAGCGCUGAUAGCUGCAGAGAACAGGGGAGGGAAAAAUGGCUGCAUUGUCCUGCUCUCCUGCGUCUGUCCUGUGUGUCCGUCAGCAGCCAUUCAUUUCUAAUGCAUGUGUUUUUGUGCUCUUAUCUCAAGUUGAAAUGUGCAGCCUUGACCUCCUUGUCAACCUGGGUUUGUCUUUCUUUUUUUUGUGUGUGUGGAUGAAACGGGGUCAGAUGUUCUAGAGGGAAAGGACUGAUAGUAGUAGAGAGAGUAAAGGUUUGAAAAACUUUACACAAGAUAUGCAUCAGCAAGUGCAAAA